AUGUCGACAUUGGAGCUACGUCGCUGCGCACCUGAUCUCGUAUCUACAAAAAAGUGGGGAUCAGUUUCCAGGAAAGGACGCUUGGUAUUUAUUUUUGAAGGGCACACAUCAAAUAUUAAGGUUAACUGGACGGAGUACUUCCUUCUUGUUGCACCGCCUGAGAUCCACGACUAUAUCCUCCAAGAUCCACUUGUCGCCGUUCCAAGCAAAGAAUACAUGGACCAGAUCAACGAAGUCCUUAACAAAACCUCACCAAGAACCAUAACUAACUAUGUUAUGGUUCAGUAUAUCGUGACAUGGUUACCGUUACUAGAAAAGAAGUACGCCGACUUAGUAAAUUGGUUCGCUUCUACAGUCGACAAAUCCAUAACUCCACGGAACAGAAGUGAAUUAUGCUUCCUAAAAACUAAGGAAUACUAUAAUGUGCCCAUGUUGUCAAUGUACGCACGCUCCAAGUCAACUGAGGUUCUGAGGCCGAUGGCUGAAGAGAUGGUCGUGGAGAUUCUCAGUGCACUCAAAAAUCUUAUAGAGGAAAGCAAAUGGAUGACGAAAGAGUUCAAGAAGGUCAUUUCUGUGCUCUAUUCAUGCAGUAUAGAAUGUACACAUGUAUUGGUACUCCUUGCUCAUAAUGUGAUUAUAUAA